AUUUUUUCUAUUAUUAUUUUAGAUUAAAUUAUAAAUGGGAAACAGCAAUAACAACAAUAACAACAAUAAUAAUAAUGAUAAUAACAAGCCUAAAAGCACUUAAAAUGAGUAAACAAAGUCACAAAAGUCUAUUGAUAUAACAGAGACAACAAUUUAAAGAUCUCAAACUAUGAGUCAAUCUAUAUAAUAGAAAGAAAAUCCACCACCAGUAUAUUUUAGAUAUAAUUUAAUAGUUUAAAAAAGAGGAUCCUGAAUUAGACCCUUUAGAAUAACAAGUGUAAUAAGCUUUUGAUGAAUUAAUCAAAUCAAUUGAUGAAGUAAUAAAAUCAUCUAUAUAAAAGGUGGAUAAAGAAAUAGAAGCUAUGAUGAAAGAAUUAAGAGAAUAAUCCUCAUGAUAACAUCU